GGCAUAAUAGUAAUAAUAUUAUUAUUAUGAAUGAUAAUAUAACUAUUAUUUUUAUUAUUAUUAUUAUCAUUAUUAUUACAAAAUAUUCCAUGUAUAAUGAUUUAUAUAUAUUUUUUGACACAGCUAAGUUAUAACAAGUGUGACAGCGCCACUGAACUCCUUGGAUAUUAUCCCUAUAUAAAUAGUUUUGAUUGAUUGAUUUGAUUGAUUAUGCACAUGCUACAAAGCAUUUCAUUGUUAGUUAAAGUUGGUUUUGGCAAUGUAUGUGCUGUUCAUAUGAUAUAAUCGCUAGUUUAUCGCACUUUGAAUAAUACAAAAAUCAUGGCAAUGGCCUUGCGAUAUUGUCAUGUAAACUGAUCUGAUGUUUUUCAACUUAACUGCUUUAAAGUGGCUUUUUCACAAAUUAUCAUAACACAUUUUAAUUGCGCAUUCAUACGGCUGUCAUACAUGUUGCAAAAUAAUAUACAGAGCUGUGAUUGGGUACCACACAGCGCGUAACCUAUUUUGCAUAUAUAGGCUAUGCGCACGCACGUUUGAGGAUAUACUGCUUUUCACACUACUUAUAUGUCAACUCGUGAGAGAGCCACUAACUCAAGGUUAGUUGAUGAAAAUAAUAUAAUAAUAGUAUGACCUUAACAAUGGUAUUGCUAGAGUUCUUGUAAAAUCUCUUCCUGUACGAGCUAAUCUUGUGAGUCAUGGAUUGGUUGUUUGUUCAUCAUUGGGACUGUUUAAGCAACUCAACGUAGUGUCGAACUGUGUUGCAACAUUUUCUUUGGAGCAAACGUAAACUUUACCUGGAUAUUCCUGCUGAUUUGUACGUAAUCUCCAUCAUGUAUUAUCAAUCUCUGCAUGGAUAUACACAAGUAGUCCUUAUGUUUGUUACGUAACCUAUUUAGAUAUUUUAUAUGCUGUCGAUUUUUUUUUUGCCACUGCUUCGCUGAUAUCGCCAAGAAACUAAUUAUGAUGGAACUGCAGGAGAUACGCCUAAAUGACGGUUAUUCUGAUAAUCUUGGAUUUGUUCAUUCAAAAAUUGAUUGUUACGGCCGUCAAGGUAGCACAAGUUUUAUUUAUAAACAUGUGAAGGGCAACGAAAUCUUUAAUGAAUCAUCUUUAGAUAUUAAAACUAAAAAUCAUCCAAACACUCUAGAAAACAAUGAGCAAAAUGACUGUACCAAUCCGAAAAACAACGAAGAUCCUAGCGCGACUAAUGAAAUCUACUCGGGCAGUAAAACGACUGAGUACGAUAAUCUCUCAGAUUAUAAACACAAUACAAUAGCACCAAGUAUUAGAGCGGGAAUAGGAAUUACCAUUACCAAUGAUAAGUGCCUGGAUAUAUACAACCGACUGACAAGAGCGUUUGAUAUGCUCAGUCAUAUAGAGGAAAUACAAAAGAAAUGGAUGCAGGCAAAUAACAUAAAUGUUACCUUGGCAACAAUAACGCGCAAUUACAAAGUGAAACAGAACAUAUCAGUCAUUAAGGAACUCAUAAGUAUAGUUACAAGACUGGGGAACUAUGAAGAUGAAUAUUUCUAUAAUCAUCCAAUUUUGGAUCAGAUACAGCAGGAAAUUCGUGAAGCCCAUGACGCUGCCGAGAAUGCAUAUUUUUGUGACCAUGUGACUGAAAGGUCUAAACUUGAAGAAUACAUGAGUACGAUGUUGGCUUCGCUUACUAAAGUACUGGAUUCAUUCUCAUCAUUUUGCUCCGAAUACAACGGCACGUCUACCAACCCACACGGAUGUUCACAGAUUCUUGAACAAAUACGGAAUGUUAGAAGUAAACUACGCACUGGUUACCAAGGCAUCUAUUCAAAGAUGCUUUGAUAUGUAUGAUUGACAAAUGUAAUAAUGUAUAUCGGAAUUAAAAUAGCACACGUGUACAAUCCAAUCAUUCAAUCGAUAGAUCAGGGGAUGAAUUACAAAGAAACGGAAAAAAGCAUCAACCAACCAAUUAACUAAUAAACAAUCAAGUGGAUUGGAGCUACAUAGCUUGGUGGUUAUGAUGUUUGCCUUUAAUAACUCCACUCCCUAUCUAAAUCCCUAUCUAGUCUAUCAGAUUCUAUUUGAAAAAAAAACAAAAAAAAAACAUGUGAUAUGCCUAUGGUCAUGAUGACAUCGCACCAUGACCAUAUAUAUGCAUAUCAUGACUAAAUAUGAAUAUACAACGGGGUUUUUUUUUGUCAAACAAAAUUGGAUAAUCUAGACAGAGCUUUAUGUCUGAUUAUGUGGAUGAAAUUGAAGAAAGUCCUCUUCUAUCUGUCCUACUAGAGCUGGCCAGUACAGAAGCGGAUUCAGAGUGGUUGGUGGUGGGGCCGAUCGAGAGACGCCCAAAAAUAACAUAUGAGGCCUUCUGCGCGAUCAAUAAUUUAUUUUCUUUCUUGCUUUUUUUUUUUUAGUUUACUUUCCAAAAAUGGGAGGGGCGGGGCCGGCUCGACCCCCUCCCCACUCCUAAAUUAGCUCCUGCAGUAAUAUAGUAACGUAGUUAAAUUGAUAUAGCGCUUUAUACCGAAACAGUCUCAAAACGCUCGAGGUGUUUCUCCCCUAAGGGUCUCUUCGUGUCUGAGCUACCAGGUAAAGUGGUACCAGCACUUCCGUCUGUCCACAACAGGGGCUGAAUGGACCAGUACACCGGGGUAAAUCUCCUACAUGUUCCCAUGUAAGAUGGACAGGGUUCUUUAAGUGCACACGAACAAAAUUAUGUAUAAGGGCCUACUGGUUGUAGUCCACUUAUCCGAGAACCUGUUUCACCACCACCGUUCGAACAAGCUCCGACAUAGCUGUGCGUUGCGGCACCCCUGCCUUAACCAUUCGUCCAUCCAGCUAGCUUGCCAUUCAUUCAGCAUAUUACUAAACAAAUUAUUAUAAGCAAACAAUUAAAGAUGUACUCUCAGUCACAAAGACAGGGAAAUACCUAAGAAAUGCAAUGCAAAAGAUCUUUGCAAAAAAAUACAGAAAAGUUAUUAUGAAACUACUCUCUGAAAAUUGACAGAGGAUUGUUUUUAAAUUCAAGUUUCUAAUUGUAAGUUAAUAGAUUACUUAAAUAUACACAUUAAGCAAUUCUAAUAUGGAAUUUAAAUUUUCAAUUGUUUUACAUUAUGACUGAUAGUACAUCUUUAAAAAAUCAACCAAAAAACCAAUUAACCCAACCAUUAAAACACUAAUUAUUAAAUUAUAAUUAAUCAAUCGAACUAUCAAUCAAUCAAUCAAUCAAAAUCAAUCAAUCAAUCGACCAAUCAACUGUUCAAUGCACAAUGCUCCAUUUUUAAAAGUAAUUGUUUGUGUUGCAGAUAGCGUUGUGUUUGAUAAAAAUAUAAGUCGGCAUCAGUAGCUCCAUCCAGCAAAGUUUUACCAGAGAAAGUCCUCUUACAUCCGUCCUACUAGAGCCAGUAAUAACACCACAAAAAUUUGAAUUAAUACUUUUUUUGUCAGUUUGCUAUUAUUAUUAUUUUUAUUAUUAUUAUUUUUUAUGAUAAUCUUUAUUAUUAUUAUUAUUAUUAUUAUUAUUGUUGUUGUUGUUGUUGUUGUUGUUGUUACUAUUGUCGUUGUAGUUUAAUAAUAUAACUAUAUAAAUUAACCAUAACACAAAUUCAUACAUUUGCAAAUGCAGUGCAAUAUAUUUCAAAUUGUGCGCUUGAUUUUAUUGUUCAUACACAGUAGUAACACGUUUGCCUCGAAUGAAUUUUAAUUAAAUAUAUCAAAAUAUA